AUGAUGAUUGAGCUGCAAAGCCCCGAGGAUGGUGGCGGUGAUGGUGGUGGCUGUGGCCACGUGGACAUACUGAGCACUGAGGAGCUGGAGUGUAAGAUCUGCUACUGUGCGUACAACCUCGGGAGUCGCAGGCCAAAGUUGCUCGAGUGCUGCCACCGUCUGUGCGCCAAAUGCCUCGCUAAGAUCCUGGACCUGGGUGAGUCGCCUCCCAACGCCGUGGUGUGCCCGUUCUGCCGCUACAUCACCAGACUGCCAGGGGAGGCGGUGAGCAGUCUGCCGGAUGACUGCAAUUUGGUGGCGGCGCUGGCCCUCCAAAGCCGGAAUCAGAGGAACCUCCACUUCCACCAGGAUGCGACCACGGAGCUACUCCUCAGCCCCAGGCGCCUGACCUCGCUGAUGGGUAGUAACGCACCUGUGAUGUCCCCUUCCCCUUCCUCCUCCACUUCCUCAGCCACUACCUACUCCUCCAUCCGGGGCUCCCCUAACUUUGUGGUCAUCACCAUCAUGGAGCCUCCACCGGCGCCCGCAUCAAACCAGGACCUUUACCACCAGCCACGUGGACCUCACGCCUCAAACCGGGGCUACCACUCCUCCAGUCUGGAUUCCAUGGCGUCCAUCACGCAGAGGUGGACGGUGUGGAACUGUGCAGCCCUCCUGUGCCAGACGUCGGCCCGGGCGCUGGUGUGGGUGCUCGGGCUUCUGUACUUCAGCUCUCUGCCCAUGGGGGUUUACCUGCUCAUCAUGCAGAGGACAACGCUCGGGGUGCUGCUGGUGAGCCUGGUUCCCGCCAGCCUCGUCAUGAUCAUGGUCUACGGAUUCUGCCAGUGUAUCUGCCAUGAAUUCUGGGACUGCAUGCCACCAUAA